AUGCCGCGACGGGCAGACCGCAUGGUCGGGCACAUGUUAGGCAGUCGCGGCCCCAUGCCCAACCGCAACAACAUCCUCGUCCUUCGUCGUCAAGAUUUGUCACAACCCGGCUCCAUCCGCAGUUAUCGUAAUCCACACGUUCGUGACAGUAGGCCUCAAUCAAGGGCGACGGUACGGAGCGGAAAUCAACCGCCAACAUAUGCUGAAGCCGAGGAUAUUCGGUCGAUAGAUGCGGAUGAGUUUGAUGAAAGACAAUCGGCCAAAUAUUCUGUGGUGACUAAAGAUGGAGAAGUUGUGGGAGAGAUGUUGGUGGAUGAUAAUGGCAUGGUGGAGUUGUUGCAACAAACGGACAUUGAAGGAGUUAGGCAUCUUAGCGAUGAAAAGCUGUCUACAAGGUAAGUCAAAACAUGUAAUAACAAAGGAAUUGCACUAAAUAUUCUUCUGUUUUUAUAACUAAGAGCAUAAUAUAUUCCCGAGAACAGCAUUUUCAAAAAUUUCUAAAUGGCCUUGGUUAUAGGGUUGGACAUUUAUCGAUAUGUGUAAAUUUACCGGUAAUUUUACAGGUAAUAAAAACCCGAAUAAUUUUUAUAGAGUGUACUAUUUGAUCUUUUUCAUUUGUCUUGAAUGAACAUGUAAAAAAGUCAGACCGAGUUCAAUUUUUCAAAUCUAUCUGGUUCUAGUAAGCUCUCUUUUUGUGCCUAGUGGGUUCAUUUUUAGUCCAGUCUUAAAUUAGGCAAAAGGCAUAGGUUGAAGCUCCAACCUAAUGUGGUUGAGUAGCAGUUCCACUCUUGCCGAUUUAUACUGGCAUUUAAAUUAUGAAAAAAUGUUUUGGCUAGCCAAAAAAUAAUUGUUAAAAAAAUUUUUUUGGUUAUAAUCUUUGAAGUUACCUUUAAACAAAACAAUUUUCAAAAAGCUAUUACCUUUCAAAUUUUAAAUGACACUCAAUUGACUUGUCUAAACCUGUUCUUAUAAACUGGUCAUCACACCAAGAUACUUUUUGAUAAGGCUUAUAUUUAUUAAAUACGAAAGAAGGUAAAGAAGGUGUCAUGAUAAUGCGGGUGUGACACUAUUGAGGGUUACGUUAAAGAGAUUACACUGAUUCAGAGUACUAAGCGUACUGUAACCUGUUAGUCAAUGCCAUUUACAAGGAAAGUACCUAACCUGCUCCGAGGAGGGUGUCACUCUAUUGAGGGUGACAUUAGAAAAGACCACUUCACUGUGUACCUUUCGAACACAUAAGCAUAUUGAGCGUUCUGUAGGUUGCUAAUCAAGGCCAUUUAGCAGUUUUUGAAAAUGGUUUUUUGGGUGACCUGUUAUGCUUUUUCGUCCUAUACCGGUCUUGUUCUAAAGCCGGAACGAUACUUGGUCUAACUCCUUAGUAAGCCAUUUUUAAAAGCUUUUUAUCGUCUACAAAUCUAAACCAAAUCCACAUCCAAAGAAGCAACAAUUCCAUAUCACUUUUGAUCUCUAAACUUUCAAAAAGCCAGAAAAAACGCCUCGAGGAAUUCAUAAUUUGUCUUUUAAAAGUCUGCUUUGGCCUUCAAAUCGUUGUCAUUAACAAAAUCAAUCUAAAUUUUUUGUUCCUGCCGAGAAUUGACACCCGGCUGUCUUUAAAUCAAAAACGCAUUCAAUUGUUUGUUUUUGUGAAAAGUCGUUUAAUGGCCGAAUGGUCAUUAGAACCAAAUAUAUGGUGCUGUUGAGUUGUUAAACCUGUUGACCUGAGGGCUAGAGAUAUUUAUCUAUUUGUUGGUUAAGGAUAUUUAUGUGCUUUCUAGCUGGGUAUUAAUUUUUGAACUAAUAUUUGAAGUCGACUCGAUUUAUAACAUAUUUUGAAAAUUGGUUAGUACAUCUAUGGGUGAAAAUACAAAAUGUUCGCCAGAUUUGUCGACCGCAAAUUUAGAAAACAUUCAGUACAUCAUCCUCCUAGUGAAGUUAAUCGGUAAGUUUAAUAACAAGGGUGUUGCACGAAAUAAUACCCCCAGGUUAUAGAAAUGUAUAGAGCAUCGUGAUAGCCCUAUCUUAGCUCUGUUACAGCCUAAAUUUAAAUUUGUUAUAGCACAAUCCUAGCCAUGGUACAGUCUUACUUCAAGCUCACUCUUGCCCUAUUUUAACCCCACUAUAGCUCUAUCUUAACUUCACUAUAACUCUCUCCUAGUUCUAGUACAGCCCUACCCUAAUCUCACUGCAACCUUAACUUACUAGGAAAUUGCCCAAAUAUUCCUAGGCUUUUAGAACGAGACCUAUAAUAUAUAGAUAGGAGAAAGAAGCAUAAAAAGUUACCAAACAGCCGUUUUUAAAAAUUGCUAAAUAUAUUUGGCUAAUGAGCUACAAUACGCUCACAAUUAUAUGUUUAAAAAGUAUAACUUUAAAAUUCAAAUUAAUAAAUUUUUUUUCUGAACGUACAUACCUAAAGCAAAAAUUAUUACUUAAAACCACUUUUCUUAAAUAUAUUAUUUGUCUAGCCAAAACGUCUUGUCAUAAUAGUAAAAUGCCAAAAUGAAAUUAGCAGGAUUUGAACUUUUUGCCUUCUGCUCCCCAGACUAAUAGUAAGCUCUUAACCUCUUGGCCACAUUGCAUUAAUGCUUUGUUCAACUCAAAAAAAGGCCAAAAAGAGUUAGCUGGUUAAAUUCUUUGAUCUCUAAUACCUGGCUAGUCAAGGCUAUUUAGCAGUUUUUGAAAACAGUUUUUUCGGUCACUUUUUACUCUCUUUCAUCCUAUAUAGGUCUGUUUCUAAAAGCUGAGACAUAUUUGAUGCAACUCCCUUAUAAGUGAGGAUUUUUGAAGAUUUUUCAAUUUAGGAUGGCUUCAAUUUUACUCAAUGGCUAUUAGAUUAAAGUCAAGUUCCCAACAUAUACUUUAAAAACUAUUCAAUAUACUGUACUCUCUUUACAUAAGCAACCCGAAGGGACCGACAUUUUGCGUUUACUACAGGGAGUGUUGUCUUUAAAGAGUGGGUUUCAGAGCAAAUUGAAAUCCCGGGGCCAAAUUUCUUGUUUACUAUAAGGAGAGUUGAAUAUACAGAUGGUUCACUAUAUAGAGAGAUCACGGUAUAAUGUGACAAUACUUUUUUUCUUAAAAUAAUACAUUUCAGAUGGCUCUGGGGAAUAGUGAUAGUAAUCUUCAUGUGCCUAGCGAUCUACCAAAUCUCACGACAAGUUCAGUUAUUUUUAAAAACCCCCAUCUCAACGAAUAUCGAAGCCGCGUAUCCGACAGAAGUUCCAUUUCCGGUAAUAGCGAUUUGCAACAAUAAUCAAUAUCGACUCACUUAUUUGACUGGGAAACGGCUACUAAAUCGACCCAGAAAGUACAAGCAUGGGGAACAGAAUACAACGAAUAUUUAUGAUCAGGUAGGGGGUUUUUUAUAUAUUAUAUUAUUAUUAAUAAUUCUUCAAUUAGGCUUAUUAUCAACAUUCUAGUAAGUUGAACCAAAAGUAGCAAGACACUUUUUAUUUGACCUUUUAGAAAAAAAGUGUCCCGCUACUUUUGGUUCAAAGAUAAAUAGAUAAAUGCCGUCAUUGGGGCUAACAAGGAAAGUGCCCAACCUGCGCCGCUCAGCAUCAGCUCAAAAUUUUUAUAUGAUUUCUUUGUACUAUCAGUAGUUCCCAUAAAAAAUUUUAGCUUGCGCUUUUUAGUUUUAAAAUUUAAAUAUUUGAAUUUCCCGCCAUCUUGGAAAAUUUGGCAUUGUGUGUCAAUCACUUUUUUAGACUUUUUUACCCCACAAAGGUUCUAUACAUAGCUUUAACUCGCGCUUUUAACUUUUAAAAUAUAAAAAUUUGUCUCAUUUGGCAUUGUGUUUCAAGCAUUUUUUUUUACUUUUCUGACAAGCUGCGCUUACAAAUUAAUAAAUUUAGGUUUAUUUAAAGGUUUUCUACUAGUAUAUCAAAGAAAAAUGAUUAAAAAUUGAAAAAUGACCAAGUUAUCAGCUUGAAACACAAUGCCAAUUCGGCGGGAAAUUCAAAUCUUUUUUUUGAUUUUGAUUUUCUUCGAAAUUUCUUGGAAAGCGCAAUUUAGUAGUUUGCUGAAGAUUUUAUAUUGACAUGAUUUAUCUGUAUAAAAAUUUUGAAGUCAAUCAGAGAGGGGCAGGUCAGGCACUUUUCUUGUAAAUUUUUUAGGCCCGGCCCUACUGGGUUUCCUACUAAAUGGUUAAAUUCAAUGUAAAAAUAAAAAUUUAGGCUCUUCAAGCAGCGUGGGACUACGACGCGAUCAAAUUUUUAAGGAACGCAGCUCACUGGAAGAGUCGUAUGAUAAUGGACUGUCGAUGGCCUAACGGUACUCGUUGUGUGAACCAGUUCAAGGCCAUGUGGACUUUAACUGGUUUAUGUUGGGCUAUUAACACUGAUCCUAUUAUGCCUUAUACUGUCUCUGGGGCUGGUAAGUCAAAAGUAGCAUAAAGUGUUAAAAAAUCUUUUGCUAGAGUAGGGUAGGGUAGGGUAGAGUAGGGUAGGGUAGGGUAGGGUAGGGUAGGGUAGGGUAGGGUAGGGUAGGGUAGGGUAGGGUAGGGUAGAAUGAGGCAAAACUAAAAUUUUUACAAAAUGAAAACUCUUUUUAGGUCCAAGCCACGGCCUUCGCCUACUAUUAAACAUUGAAAGGUAUGAAAGGAUCGAAAGUUGUACCCCGACCUUCAAAGCUACUGGUUUACCGGGUUUAAAAAUUCUUAUUUUUAAUCAAAAUGACACUGCCAUAUCCGGAAACGACGGUGUAAACGUACCGCCAGGCUAUUCUAUGGACAUUCCUUUUAGAGUUCAACAUGUAAGUCAAACUAUUUCAAUUUUUUUUGUAAAAUACGUUUUUAUAAGCGGCUUUUUAAAAAUUUGUUUUGAAAAAAAGAGUAAGGUAGGUAGAGUAGGUAGGGUAAAGUAGGGUAGAGUAAGAAAACAUAAUUAAAUAUAAAAAUAAAAAAUAUUGUUCAGCGCCACAAAUUCCCGGGAAAAACGUGUGUUAAAGAGACGGAAGAGCAGAAAUCAACGGCUUACACAUCUUUCGAUGAUCCGAAUAACUUGAGAACUUGUGUUAUCAGAAGGUUUUUGUACCACGUCGAAGAGAAGUGCAACUGUUCGUUGAAGCGAGCUUACGACCCUGGUUCUAGUGGUAUGUUCUUUACCGUUAAAGCCUUGUAAAUAGUUGUGCUACUAUUAGCCAUAGCCCAGAGUCCUAGCCCACAGCCCAAGCCCAGAACCCUAGCCCAGAACCCUAGCCCAGAGUCCUAGUUCAGAGCCCUAGCCCAGAGCCCUAGCCCAGAACCCUAGCCCAGAGUCCUAGUUUAGAGCCCCAGCCCAGAGCCCUAGCCCAGAGCCCUAGCCCAGAACCCUAGCCCAGAACCCUAGCCCAGAGUCCUAGUUCAGAGCCCUAGCCCAGAGCCCUAGCCCAGAGCCCUAGCCUAGAGCCCUAGCCCAGAACCCUAGCCCAGAGUCCUAGUUCAGAGCCCUAGCCCAGAGCCCUAGCCCAGAGCCCUAGCCUAGAGCCCUAGCCCAGAGCCCUAGCUUAGAGCCCUAGCCCACAUCACAGUGCCCUAGCUAAAAGUUGCGGGGCUAACGCUGAACCUCUUAUGACAUCAUUUACGCUUUGGUCCUGGCCAGCGGUUUUUUUUCAAUUUUUUCUGGCCGGACCAAGCCAAAUUAGAGCCGAGCCUAGUGGUCUUUUUAGGUUUACCCUAGAAGCAAUUUUAAAAAUGUUUUACUAUUUGUUUUUAAACGUUUUUAAAAUUUAAAAUUUAGAAACCCUACCCGCAUGCAACGUGGAAGAAUACUUUAACUGUGUAGUACCGAUUAAGAAAUAUGGUCAUAAUUUGGGUUUUAAUCAAUACAAUUGUGAAACUCCGUGCGACCAAAUUGAUUACAUUGCUUGGCAAGAUAUGAAUGAACUUCCGAUGAACAUUUUCCCAAAAAUCAUUGAUACAGAAGAAAGGGAUUCGAGUGAAGAAGACGAGGAUCACGAUGUUGAGGAUGAGGAUGAUUAUUCGGUAAGCCUAUUGUUGUCAUAAAUUUUUUAAUAUAAAACGGUCGGCGCUCUAGCCUAACCUUAAAAAUAUUUUUUCAUUUUUUUAUUUUUCAAAUUUUAGUACCCAGCUGAAGUCCUGGAAAGUAUAAAAUGUGAAGAAAAUCAAUUGUUAGAUGAAAGACAAGUAGAAGAUGUCAAAUUAUAUGCUCAUAGAGCUUAUGAAAAACAGGCUCGUUAUCAAGAAGACAUUCUUAUUAGAACAAAACGACUUAUUGGAAGGGUCAAUCAGACUGCCAAUAGGUAUGGUAUUUAAUUUUUCAAUUUUUUAAAAUUUUUAAAAAAUUUUCAAAAAAUUUAAAUUUUUUAAAUUUUAAAAUUUUUUUAAAAAAUGUUAAUUUUUUAGGUUAAUCGAGCUCCAAUGGGGCUGGAACGAUGAUGAUUUUGUAGGAGUGUACCAACGUCUUCACAAAUAUGUGGCUUGUUUUGCAAACAUGACAGAUCGGCAUGCUGAUGUGUUUGCAGCCAUAAGGUCACCAGCAAGUCACAGUGAAGAACAUCGAUCAAAAUUGCUGUAUCAACUGGUCGAUCAAAGAGCUUAUCAGUCGGAUCCGGUAGGUUUUAUACUUUACUUUCUCCUGCUUACCCUAGCUUAUUUUACUACCGUGCCUUGCCCUGUUCCGCUUUGUUCUGCCUUGCCAUUCCUUGCUUGUAUCUUGCCUUUUUCUGAUUUAUCCCACCUUACCAUAUAUUUAAAGGAAAGCUACAAAACUCUGGCCGAUGUGAAACGCAAAUAUGGUGAGAAAGCUGAAAAUCGACUGGACGAAAUGACAAGAUGGGAAGGUGUGCUAGAGAGGUUGGCUUCAAUAUACGAUGAAAGGAACUACAAUUUGAAGCUAUCUGAAAAGCUGAAGAGGAUGAAUCGAAUUUUGAUGUUAAUGGACAAUUAUGACAAAGGCUUGUUACAGAAAAGGGCGUGGGCGGACAAAAUGAAGGGUCGAAACAUGAAUCACUUCUUCGAUGAAGACUUUUAUGAGGUGGGCAUGGUCAAUUUUAAAUUUCUUUUGUAAAAUACGAUUGAAAUAAUUAAGUAUCUUUUAUAAAGCAAUUUUGUGGGCUUUCGGGGCACAUAAUUAUGCGAACAAACAAAUACGAGCUGUUAUAACGGGUAUAUCAACUUCAGAACUGGUACAAUGUUAUUAUAAAAGACAUGGAAGUGAACAUUCUCAAGACGAUAUCUAACAUUGAACUAGCUUUACCUGGGGCCAUUAGCUAUAUUCAAAAAGGCAAAGGAUUGGAUGUAAGUUUUCUUUUGUUACCUAAAGUUUUUUUAAUUGAUAAAGCUGAUAAAGAUAGUAAAUUAGUAGGGCGUGCGGGUUAAGGUAGGGUAAAGUAGAAGAAAGUAAAAUAAGGUUUGGAAGGAUGAGAUACGGUAAGAUAAGGUACUGUAUGAUAAAGUAUAGUAGGACAAAGUACUGUAGGAUAAGGCAUGGUAGGAUAAGUUACUGUAGGAUAAGGCAUGGUAGUAUAAGCUACUGUAGGAUUAAGCACAGUAAGAUGUAAGUUGCUGUUUUCUAAUACUUUAUUCUGUAGGGUAGGGUAGAGUAGGGUAGAGUAGAGUAUUGUAGAGUAGGGUAGUGUAGGGUAGCGUAGGGUAGGGUAGGGUAGAGUAGGGUAGGGUAGAGUAGGGUAGGGUAGGGUAGGGUAGGGUAGGGUAGGGUAGGGUAGGGUAGGGUAGGGUAGGGUAGGGUAGGGUAGGGUAGGGUAGGGUAGGGUAGGGUAGGGUAGGGUAGGGUAGGGUAGGGUAGGGUAGGGUAGGGUAGGGCAUGUAUUUAAAUUUUUUUUAUAUUUUAGACUGGCUCAGUAAUCUUGUUUGGAGACACAAGUAUAGAGCAUGUCAAGUUGUUCGCCAAUUUCAUGGAUGACGCUUUGACUUGCACUUUUGAUGAAGUCCGAAACCAAACGAUUGUAAUUCUGGAGGAAUUUCGUAAAGCAAUGCAUGACUUCCAAUCUGCCUAUAUUAAUUUAUUUAAAAAAGAACUGCCAGAAUACUUGGAACGAUUCGAUUUUGGCCACAAAUUUGUGAAAGAGAACUUCGCUGAGGUCAAUGUGUUCUUACACAAAAUGAAUAUUGAAAUCUGGCGCCAGGACUCGACUUACAGCAUUUGGAGUUUGUUUUGUAAGUUUAAAGCAGUCCAAAGCCCUAGCUCAAAGCCGCAACUCAUAGCCCUAGCCCAGAGCACUAGCCCAGAGUCCUAGUCCACAGCCCUAGCCCACAGACCUAGCCCACAUACCCAGCCCACAGCCCCAGCGUUAGUCUAGGGCCCUGCCCUUAGGAGUGGGAAACGAGCAGGGCCUACUUUUGAACCUUGGCACAAGCCUGGAGACCAAAGUCUUUACCAAACCCGUUUUCAGUUUUAUCUCAGGCCUGUCUGGGUCUUGAUUUUCAAACGCGGCAUGAUCUAAAUUAGUUCAUGGCUGGGCCGGGCCGGACCUACAUGGCCCGUUCCUUAUUCUUCCAAAGCCCUAGACCUAGCGCUUAUGUUUACAAUUUUAGGUGACAUUGGUGGAGCAUUAGGUUUAUUUUUGGGGGCCUCGUUGUUAACCAUCAUCGAGUUGAUAUACCUUUGCUUUCAAUAUGGAUUCUGUAAAACUGAAAACCUGAAGCCAAGAAAAAUGUAAGUCAUGUCGCUCUUCAAGGCGUGUAUUAUUAUUAUUGACUAACAUUGAUUUGCAUAACUCAAUUAUAUUAACCUACCCUAACAUUUUAACAUUGUUUCAGAGAAAAAGAUGAAAGUUUGGAGUUGUCAGCCAAGUCGACGGUUGAAAAAUCUGCCAUUUUGUAAAAACUGUAAUAUGUACUAUAGUUACACAAUGCUUACUACGUUAAACUUUAUUGAUUAUUUUUGGUAUUACACUGUUUGUUAUCACGUUUCCUGAAAGUUAUGAUAAUAUUGAUAUCACUUGUGCUUAACUUAUUGGUUUUUCUACACUUUUUGAUACUCACAAAAAACUUGUACUUAUACAUUUUCAUACUUACUAUAUGUCGGCAUUUUACUUACUGUGUGAUUUUUGAUAAAUAAGAAAUAAUAACGUUCGUAUUUUACAUUAUCAUCAUCAAGGUAAAACCUUAAAAAUUUAGAAAACAAGCCGGAGGUAAAGCAAAGAAGAAAGCGGUAAAGAAAAUGCAAAAGUCUUGGAACAGAUGGAAGAACCGAAACAACAAAGACUACCGUGAAUCAGAGAGUAGUGCAACGUCUAGUGAUGAAUAUUCAGAGGAUUUGGAGUGGGGAUAUUCAGCUCCAAAGCACAGCAAACCAGUCGUGCGGUAUUCACCGUUGAGUGAGAUUCAGGAGGUAAGGACCACCCUCUUACCCUAAAAAGUACCUUAUUUACCCUGCCCUAUCUUACAUUACCCUACCCUAUCCUACCCUAUUUUACCUUACCUUACCCUAUCCUACUUUACCUUACCCUACCGUAAAAUACUUUACCCCACCGUAACGUACCCUACCUUAACCUAAAUUAUUAUACUAUAUCCAACCUUACCUUACUCUGCAAUAAUCUUUACUACCCUACUCACAAAAAAGUAUUCUACCCUACCGUACCUCACCGACCCUACUCUACCUUUCUCUACCCGGCCAAUUUUUUUCCCUAUCCGGCUUUGCUCGCCCUGUCCUACCGUAAAGUACCUUAUGCUGUCCUAAACUACCCUACUCGACCUUAUCCCGCUGUAUACUACCCUGAUCUACCGUAAAGUCUUCUACCUUACCCUAUCAUAAUCGUCUCUAUUCUAAUUUAACCUUCCACAUUCUGCCUUGAUUUAAAUUACUUUGCUCUUCUCUACCCUAAUUUUACUCAAAAAAUUAAAAACUUUCUUUCCAGGUCGAAGUAGAACGAGAUCCAGAAUCAGUAAUGUGUUCCGAACCUUCACGACAUUCUAGUAAAAAAAGAAUUGAAAAAACAAAAGAAAGAAAAAGAAGUAUGAUGAAUCUAUAUCAUCUAAGUCUGUUACAGAUUCUGAUUCGAUACCCUUGGAUUUGUUUUCAACUUCUGUCGAAACGAAGCCAGCUGAUUCAGUCAUUUAUCGACCUAGUAUUGGGUCUGGGGAUAAAGAUGUGAGUAAGAAGAAGGAUGGUGAUAAAGAUCAUGAAGAAGAGAAUGAUGAUGAUAAAGACGAUAAGAAAGAACAUAAUGAAGGCCAAGAAGGUGAUAAGAAUGCCAGAAAGAACAGUAAACAAGAAAAAAAUCCAAAAGAUAAUAAAAACGUUAAAGUUGAUAAAGAAAAGAAAGUAGAUGAUAAUGAUAAGAUAAAAAAACCAGAAAACAAUCUUCAACAUACUAAGCAACCCCUUCAGCCCGAGUCAUCUAUAACACCUCAAUUCCAACCCCACACCCCGCCAAAGCCUCGUGAUGAAACAGAAGUUGCUCGAGUUGCCCCACCACAACCCUAUUCUCCUAUACUCCGCCUACCAUCUCCAACCCACUCAACUACCCCACCUUCUGAUCCUGAACCAGUACUUCGUCGACCUAGUAACCGGUCAGAGAAUACUAGUAGUAGUUUAACGACAGACCCAGCUGUACCAAGACUAUUGGCCCCGAAUGAUGAUUAUUCUGAUGAAGAGAGACGAGGUGGUGGCGGUAAGGAUCGAAGUUUAAACAAUGAAAGCGGUGAUCAAGACAAAGAUGAUAACAAGAGGCAAAACUUAGAUGAUGCACCCAAAAAAGAUAACAUCAAAAACGAUGACAAAGCUAAGCACAGUACUAAAAAACCAGAAGAAGCCAAUAAAGAACAAGAUGCCAAGAAGAAACAUGACAAAACAACAAAAGAAGAAGAAGAAGACAGCUCCAGUGACAGUAGUAGCAGUGGAAAACAAACUAUUGUUUAA